GCUGAAUUUUCAGUAUCAUUACUCCAGUCUUCAGUGUCACAUGAUCCUUCAGAAAUCAUUUCUGAUUAUUAUCAAUGUUGAAAACUAUUGCUGCUUCAUAUUUUGUCAAAACUGUGAUACAUUUUUUAAGGAUUUUUUUGAUGAAUAGAAAGUUCAAAACAACAGCAGCUAUUUGAAAUAGAAAUCUUUGUAACAUUAUUAAAUGCUUCACUGUCACUUUUGAUCAAUUUAAUCCGUUCUUGCUAAAUAAAAUUAUUAAUUUCAUUAAAAAAAUCUUACUGAGCCCAUGCAUCAUCAUAUAUCUGAAAAUAAUGCUCUAGUAAAGGUCAGGCUGCUGUGUCUGUAGUCUGCAGAAAAGCUGUGCCAGUCUGGCAAGGUCUGUUGGGAAGGGUGUGGCUGCUGUCUUACUAAAUGUGUCUUGCUCCCUAAAACACACACACACACACACACACACACACACACAUACAGAAAUCCCUGCACCUCAGAGCUGGCUGUGGGGAAAAAAAAGUGGGGGAGGAAUGAACGACCAAAUGAAUGAGUGUUUUUAUUCCAGUUUUCAACUGCCUCCCCCCCCCCCCUUCCUGUCUAAAAUUGCUUCCAUGUUUUUUUCCCUUUACGUCUUUUCGUUUCUCCUGCUCACUCUCUCUCACUCACUACCUUCUUUUGUCAGUCUUUCAUUCAGUCAUGCGGGGAUUCCUCUGCCUGCCUGUCUGAACACGGCGCGCUGGGAUGCGCCGUGGGCAAGAAAAGACAGUAAAAAACAGGGAAAAGGAAAUCAGAGAGGGUAUAUAGAGGCAGAGAGUGAUAAAGUGAGGGUCACGCAGGUUUAAAGAGGGACGGCACACAUUUCUGAGACGUCUGGUUCAGGAUGGACACCAUGAUGCUGCAGGAAAAACUGGUGGAGAAGCUUCUGUGUCCCCGAACCAGAACCACCAGACAGAAGGACAAGCAGUAUGUUGGCUUCGCUACGCUUCCUAAUCAGGUCCACAGGAAGUCGGUGAAGAAGGGCUUUGACUUCACUCUGAUGGUGGCAGGUGAAUCUGGAUUGGGAAAGUCUACUCUAGUAAACAGCCUCUUCCUCACAGAUCUCUAUAAAGACAGAAAAUUACUCAAUGCUGAAGAGCGUAUUAAUCAGACUGUUGAGAUCACCAAACACACGGUUGACAUCGAGGAGAAAGGAGUCAAACUCAAACUCACCAUUGUGGACACACCAGGGUUUGGAGACGCAGUCAAUAACAAUGAAUGUUGGAAGCCCAUCACAGACUACAUCGACCAGCAGUUUGAGCAGUACUUCAGAGACGAGAGUGGACUGAACAGAAAGAACAUACUAGACAACAGAGUGCACUGCUGCCUGUACUUCAUCCCGCCGUUUGGACAUGGUUUGCGGCCGGUGGACGUGGAGUUCAUGAAGGCUCUGCAUGAGAAAGUGAACAUCAUUCCUCUGAUCUCUAAAGCGGACUGUCUCACUCCUAAUGAGGUCAAAAAGCUCAAGGACAGGGUGCGAGACGAGAUCGAGCGCUUCGGGAUUAAAGUGUAUCAGUUUCCUGAGUGUGACUCUGAUGAAGAAGAGGAGUUCAAACAGAUGGACAAAGAGCUGAAGGAAUGCACUCCGUUUGCUGUCAUUGGCAGUAAUACAGUGGUGGAGGCCAGAGGUCAAAGGGUCAGAGGUCGUCUUUACCCCUGGGGUAUCGUGGAAGUGGAGAAUCAGUCUCACUGUGACUUUGUGAAACUGAGGAACAUGCUGAUUCGCUCUCACAUGCACGACCUGAAAGACGUGACGUGCGACGUGCACUACGAAAACUACAGAGCCCACUGCAUCCAGGAGAUGACCAGUAAACUGGCGCAGGAUAACCGUACGGACAGUCCACUACCCAUCCUGCCUCUGCCCACACCAGACGUGGAGACGGAAAGACUCAUUAAGAUGAAGGAUGAAGAGCUGAAGAGAAUGCAGGAGAUGCUGGAAAAGAUGCAACAACAGAUGCACGAGAAAGACCAAUGAUGCUGAUACACACACACACACACACACACUACGGCCCUCACAGCAGCCCUCAGAUGUGAAUGCAUUUAAAUGGUACUGUACAAAUAUCAUAUCUACAGGUCUGAGCCUCAGAUCCGCUGUUCAUCUGCUCGGUGCUUCUGUCUGCCUGCAUCAAAUACAGUGAUUCAUCAAGAACAUACAUAAACCAGUCUAACUUAAAUUAACCUCUGAAGGUAUCUCAUUUACAUUGACUUUUCAUUUGCUUAGUAAGACGAAUGUAUGUGUGUGUGAGUUGUUUUCUGAAACAGUGCAGGGGUUCAUUGACACGUGUGUGUGUGUGUGUGUUUGGAGAGACAGUGACGUCCUUUUGCUAUGAAUUUGCUGGGUUCGAUGGCGGUUUUGUAGUGAAUGUGAACAUACAGUAUGGCUCCGAUAACUGUUACCAAGAAACAUCCUCAGUUCAGACGGCUGGUUUUUGCUCGUUUUAUAACAAUAAUAAUCAGAAUAAAAUCUAUUCCAUUAUUAUGAGUGUUUAUGGCCUUUAAUAAUUUAAUAAUUUAUAUUAUUAUGUCAGUUGUUUAUGUAAAUCUUGAAGUAAAGCUUGCUAAUAAAUGUGAAUAAUUUA